GUUGGCUCUGUGUCUGUCUUCUGCAUGAUGAUGAUGAUGAUGAUCCAGAGCAGCGAGGGCUGAGGCUGGUUUCUGCCCGCGGUGCGGCCCCCAGUGGGCGGAGUGCAGCUCCACACACACCGCGUCCCUCAUCACCACCGCCGCCACUGACUCACUCACUACAUACCUGCUCCUCUCUUACACUCAAAUAACCACAGGAGCCCAUACCGACAUGGGUGUCGAAGUUGAGACGAUAUCUCCAGGCGACGGAAGAACCUUUCCAAAGAAGGGGCAGACGUGCGUUGUGCAUUAUAUAGGAAUGCUGCAGAACGGGAAAAAGUUUGACUCCUCACGAGACAGAAACAAGCCCUUCAAAUUCAAAAUCGGCCGACAGGAAGUCAUCAAGGGCUGGGAGGAAGGUGUUGCACAGAUGAGUCUAGGCCAGCGGGCGAAAAUCACCUGCACUCCAGAUAUGGCAUAUGGAGCCACAGGGCACCCUGGGGUCAUCCCUCCUAAUGCCACACUCAUAUUCGAUGUGGAGCUGCUAAAGCUGGAGUGAAUCCUCAUCUUAGGAAGGAAGAAACUCUAACCCUCUGCCCCACCAUGGAAAUGCUUCCCGUGAAUUUAGGGUCUCAAACUACACACUUGGAAUAUCCU